CGGAAACGGCGGCCCGCGCCCGCCGCGUUCCGUUGCCUGCGCUCUUCCGUCGCGGCAGCUUCCAGGGCUCAGCUCGGCGGCCCCAGGGCGGCAUGGAGGGGAAGGAGGCGUCCACGCCGGCUCCUGGCGGCGGGUUCUCGGUAUCGGCGGAGGAGACCGAAAAGUGGAUGGAGGAGGCGAUGCAAAUGGCCAAAGAAGCUCUAGAAAAUAUUGAAGUUCCUGUUGGCUGCCUUAUGGUCUACAACAAUGAGGUUGUGGGGAAGGGAAGAAAUGAAGUUAACCAAACCAAAAACGCUACACGACAUGCAGAAAUGGUGGCCAUCGAUCAGGCCCUUGAUUGGUGUCGUCGAAGCGGCAAGAGUCCCUCUGAAGUGUUUGGAAGCACCGUGUUGUACGUGACCGUGGAGCCUUGUGUCAUGUGCGCCGCCGCGCUCCGCCUGAUGAGAAUCCCGCUGGUUGUGUACGGCUGUCAGAAUGAACGUUUUGGGGGUUGUGGCUCUGUUCUAGAUAUUGCCUCUGCGGAUUUACCAAGUACUGGGACGCCAUUUCAGUGCAUCCCUGGGUAUCGGGCCGAGGAGGCCGUGGAAAUGUUAAAGACCUUCUACAAACAAGAAAAUCCCAACGCACCCAAAUCAAAGGUUCGGAAAAAGGACUGUCAGAAAUCCUAAACUUCUUCUAAUGAGGGACUCAUGCCCCUGGAUGAAAUUCUUGGACUGAAAGCCGGUGACAUCACUGAAUCAAAUGUUAUAUACUUUCCUUAACCCUUGGGAAAAUGGUCUCUCAUCAUUUGCUCUGUUCAAAGGAACAAAUUAGCACUUUUAAAAAGUCCGCCAGUUGUAAUCAACUAUUAGCUUUUCCACAAGCUGAAAGAACAUGUUAGGAAGGGGAUAGUUUAAAGGUUGAGGUUUUAGAAAUUAGUAAGCAGUGCGUGCACUUCCUGCGGGAACCAUCAUGCUGAGCGCAGGAAGGUGCCAGCAACGCGCCCCCAGCCCCCUCCGGGCGUGUGUCUGGGCGGGGGCGUGCCGCACCGCGCACACCUGCCCCACGCCAGGAAUGUCCAAAUCGGGGCCUUCAUUCUUUGCAGCCGCUAUGUUCUCCCAGGGUUUUAGGGGCCCGUGACGUCCCUGGAAAUUGUAUAUGAGUUGUAUACACAUAGACCAUGUUUAUAUGGUCCUUGGAAAAGAUUUUUUGCUUUUAUAAAGCAUUUAGAGAAAACACAUUUUUAAAAUUAGUGCUUAGGUAUCAUUUUAAAAUUACAGCAUAUUGCUAUAAUGAGACCUUACUUGUAACCCCUUUAAAGACGAAUAGUCUUAAAAAUAAAAGGUAAAAGCAUAAAAGGGACAACGGCUGCUUUGUUGUUACAUAACUGGGGUGUGCCAGGCUCCAUUUGUUCCUUGAAGCAGCGAACUAAAUGAAGAACCCCGCCCUCGAGGAGCUUAUAUUCUAGCAAGGGGAGCCGGAAAAUACACGGAAUAGAUUAUCCAGCACGUUCGGGGGGCGGUACGGAUAUGGCAAAAAAGAAAACGGAGGACAGAGUAAAGGGGAUGGGCGGCCAUGGAUGGUGGGAGUGCUGGUUGCACAAUUAAAUGGAAUGGCUCCUUCAAUCUGAAAUCGUACACAGCUUUCUUUUUAUAAAAAUCUAGAGUUGGAAUUGAAGAUCUAAAUUUGUAAAACGUGAACACAACCCUGGGAAGGGUACCCACAGCAGGCAGUCCCAGACGCUCGGGCUGGCGCUGAUGGCAGAGCCAAGCCUUCCAGGCCACCUGCAGUGCGCCGGCUCUGCCCAGAAGGGGGCCUCGCCGUUCCACCGGAAGCCCAGCACCGCGGCAGCUCCUCGGUUGCUUUUCUUCAGUGGAUUCAUUUCCUUGAUGCAAAGCAUCUGUAUUUGUUGGUUCUGCCAUUUGGGCGAUGUCUCUGACUUGUUUGUUUUGAAUUACAUUACAGGCUGGAAUGUAAUUGUGGUGAAAGUACUUUUAAAUUGCUGAGAGUAGCAGCUAAUCAGUUACAUGCUUCAGAGGAUUUAUAAUUGCUUGGUUUUGUACGUGUGUUUUUAACUGCAUUUGAGAAGUUUUAUAGAGAAGAAUAUGCGUGGUUUUAAAUCUAUAAUAAUGUUACAUGUGACUUCUCUUCAAUUUCACCUGCUUUUAAAAUCAUCCUCUCAUUAAAUUUU